AUGGAAGGGACCACCAAGAAGCUGCGCAGCAACAUCCGGCGAAGCACGGAGACUGGCAUCGCGGUGGAGAUGCGGAGCCGGGUCACGCGUCAGGGCAGCCGGGAGUCCACGGAUGGGAGCAUCAACAGCAACAGCUCGGAUGGCACGUUCAUCUUCCCCACCACACGGCUUGGCGCCGAGAGCCAGUUCAGUGAUUUCCUGGAUGGACUGGGGCCAGCCCAGAUUGUGGGGCGACAGACGCUGGCCACGCCACCCAUGGGGGACGUGCAUAUUGCUAUGAUGGACCAGAGAGGCCAGCUGGAGGUAGAAGUGAUUGAGGCUCGAGGCCUGACCCCCAAACCAGGUUCUAAGUCUCUCCCAGCCACCUAUAUCAAGGCUUACCUGCUUGAGAAUGGGGCCUGCUUGGCCAAGAAGAAGACAAAGGUGGCCAAGAAGACCCGCGAUCCCCUAUACCAGCAGGCUCUGCUCUUUGACGAGGGGCCCCAGGGUAAGGUGCUGCAGGUGAUUGUCUGGGGUGACUAUGGCCGAAUGGACCACAAGUGCUUCAUGGGCAUGGCCCAGAUCAUGCUGGAUGAGCUAGACCUGAGGGCUGCAGUCACUGGCUGGUAUAAACUCUUCCCCACCUCCUCAGUGGCCGACUCCACGCUCGGAUCCCUGACCAGGCGGCUGUCCCAGUCCUCCCUGGAGAGUGCCACCAGCCCCUCCUGCUCCUAAGGACCACAGGAAGAAGGGCUGGAGUGGUGGUGUGCAAAGGGGUGCCAGCGGGGCCCCCACCUCCCCCCUGUACAUAGUCUUCAUGUCUAAAGGGACCCUGUGCCCUGCUGCAUGCCCAUGGGCUCCUGGGCUCAUCCCAGCUGGCAGUGGAGACUACGUGUGUGUGUAUGUGUGUGUGUGUGUGUGUGUGUGUGUGUAUAUGUGUACUCUGUGUCUGUGUGACCACCUUGAUACAUGUCUAUCUGUCUGGGAAGUCAGUCCGCAUGACUACUGGGCAGAAACCCUUGUCUCUUUGUAUCUUAUUGAAAAGAAACCCAAAGGAAUGUUGUGUGGGCACAACUCACCAGAGGGGUCCCUAGGCAUACAAGGUGGGGGCUGGGGGGUGGAGAGACACAGGGCUUUCCUGCCUGGUCCUGGGACUGGGCCAGCACUUACGUUCCCUCCCUGUGCCUCCUCCUGGUGGUCGCUGCUUAGUCCUCCAUCUUGUCCUGUCCCACCCUCUGCCUCUCCCCAGUGCUGCUGCUGCUGCUGUUUUGAGGAAUGUAGCAUUCAUUGCAGCUGACCACGCUGGAACCCCCACCCCACUCCUUUCUCUCCCAGCAUCAUUUCUCCUGCCUGAGCAGCCCUGGGCACUCUUCCCACAGAUGCCCUUUGCAGCAUGUUAGGGCCCUGGGCAAGGCCCCGGGGGACACCGCUGCUGCCCAGGGACUGAGGGCUUGGAGACCUCUAUCUCCCUUGGGCUGGAGCCACCUCCUUCCUACAGGUGGAGGCUUUGAUUCAGAGAGGGCUGGCCAGAUCUCUUAGAGGGAGGGGCCAGGCCCCCCACCCCCACCCCCCUGAGCAUCUGUUCUUGAUCUCUUUCUUCUCAUCAAGACUCCACAUGCCACAGGUGCGCUCCUUGUGGACCUCAGGAGGCCGGGAGUGGAGGGCCUUGACCUUUAGAGAGAGGGAUGUUAUCUUCCACAGCAGGCAGUCUCUGGGAUUCCUGUGUCCUCCCCAGGCCCUGCGGGGGUGGGGGUGGGGGGCAUCCUUCAGGCUCAUCUCUGGUGGGGUGUGGCUUGGUGAGGAGGUGCUGGGCUAGGGUUCUUUGCUGGAAUAAGGAGGUCUGAGGCUGGCUUGUUCUGAACCACGGCCAAGGGUCCCUUUAGACCUUUGGAGAUUAGCUGCAUGAAGUGGCUCACUUGAAGCUCGUCUUUGCUCCUUUCCAGACUGGGGUCUAAAAGCUCCGUCAUGCUUGGGCUCCUGGCUUCAGACUCCGGACCGCCAGUCACCAGCUCUGUACAAGCAAUACUUACCCCUCUCGCCCUGCCUCACUGCCCUUAGACAGUGGCAGGGCUGGCUUGCUCGAGGCACCUGCCGCAUCUGCUCUCUGCUUUCUUGCCCACCCCAGUCCGCUCAGAGCUUUUCAAACUCUGGCCUGAUAUGAUAUCUGGCCCAAAUUGGUAGAGGCCAAUUCCUGGACUGGAUCUUUUGAGGGGACUGCUGGUCAUCCUGGCUCACAACGGCCCUGCCCCGGCCCUGUCCCUGGUGCCCUCUCAGUUCUCUGGGGAAUGUAAAGGGUGAGAGGUUGCUCCAAAAGUGGACCAAGCCACCCCGGGGCCAUGUUGCGUGGGGAGGGAAGAGCGGCGAGUCAUGGGGAGCGUACCC